AAUCUACAAUCUCUCAUCAUUAUACUGAACAAUGAACACAUGAACUCUCCUUAUUUCCUAAUGAAAACUUCUUGCAGGUCAAAUUUCAACAGGGUGAAUUUCAGGGGCUUUCACACAUUUAUUUUAGAAAAGGAUGAAGAGAUCAUUUCUGCAGCAACCAUAAGGAUUCAUGGAAAAAACCUUGCUGAAAUGCCCUUCAUCGCGACAAAUAAGGAAUAUAGGAGAAAAGGAAUGUGCAAAAAGCUAAUGGUUGCCAUUGAAUCAACUCUUAGCUUUCUAAAGGUAGAAAAGCUGGUAAUUCCAUCAGUAUCAAAGCGCAUAGGGACUUGGAUAGAAAGCUAUGGUUUUCGUCUCAUUAGCUCUCCACUACCAAAAGAGAUAACAUUGCACAAUACAUUGAUGUUCCAUACUUCAGUGAGAUUGCAAAAAGACAUCUGUUCAUCCGCUUCUGAUAAGCCAGAGGAGACACAGAGUUCCCCGAAGAAAUGUGAAGAGCCAAGAUCCUUUGACUUGAAUGUUGAAGCAUCUCAUCAACAGGACAAAGACUGAUAAUUAAAUUGCAUUUUCGAAGCACUGUAGUUCCUAUAUUUAUGAUAAGGAUUUCAAAUUUAGUAAAGACCUCUUAGCUAGUCAUUUACAUUUCACAGGCCAUGCCUAUAUACUAUUUUGUUACAGAUGUACCUCAAUUUCAAAAACAUUGUUAUGCUCAUGUUUUUUUCUUUUCUUAAGUUUCGUUCUUUUUGUUGAGAUUCGGUAGAGGUUUGUUUGCUUAAACAUGAAUUUAUUUACAUGUCAUGAAUAAUGAAUGUUUUCCAAAGUGACAUAGUGCCAAAGAAUCCUAGAGAUCUUUCCUAGGGUAAAUUGGUGGCAACAACAAGAAAACAAAAGCCUGAACAAUGCAAUAGAUAUACCAUUUUUCUUUUCUUAAAUAUCGAAAAGGACAACUUGAAACUCUGUAUAUAUUAAGUAGCAGGGCCAAAAGAGGUUGUAUAUACAGAGACACAGACCACACUAUGUCAAAAAUAUCUAUAGUCUAAUAAUGGCACCUGAAAUUGAAGAAGAGCAUGUUGAGACACUUUCAAUGAAUGGCAAUAAAUGCAAGUCAAGAAUUUCAUAUGAUCUCAGGAAGAACAGCCUUCACUUAAGCAUGAUGAUUUCGGAGAUGAAAUUCAAGACAUUUCAGUGAUAAGUCUUUAUAAUUGUAUUUGGGACAAUAAUUCAAGAACUUUAGGAAAAUUAUCUGCCAAGAUAUGGUGAAAGCAAGAGAAAAUGGGGAUUCUUUAAGCUUAUGGACUAUGGGGUGCCUAGUGAGAUAGUUGAGAAUUUUACCAGUCGCUUGCACGAGCUUUUUUAUCUUCCCAUGGAACAAAAGCUCAAAGGUGGCUAAACAUCAAGCUUCCCAUUGGGGUAUUACACAUCAAAUCCCGACUAUGAGAAGAACUUGCCUUGGGCUGAAAUGUUGCAGCUACUGCAGUCACCUGAAAUAGUUGUCCAAUUCGCAAAAAAGGUCUAUGAUGACCAAUAACACACCUUUAGGUACAUAUAUAACGAUACUUCAAUACGUCCCUUAAUGUGCGAGUUUGGUUCGUUUUGAUGGGCUAGGCAUGGAGACGAAUUCAAGAUUUAAAUUUGAUCAAUUCAACCUUAAAAGUUUUUAUAUAUGCUCCAUAUCGAAAAUGGUUCGGAUGAGCAUGGUACAGGAGGGUUGCAUCCCUAGCUAAGCACAUACAAAUUCUUUUUGAUGAAGGGUGGCGGUGAGAUUUGAGAUUUGAACUCAAGACCUGAAUCUAUAAUUAAUAUCAUGUUAAAUUGUGUAACCAGUUCAUCUAAGCUUAAGUUGUUAGAAAAAGUACACUUAAGUUUACAAAAUUCUUACCAAAAAUAUGCUUGGCUACCUUUGUCUCAAACAAAAAAAUCUUACCAAAAAUGCUGUUUUUAACUCUGAUAAAUUAACAGCAACACAAUGAUAGAGUACAUGGAAGAAAUGGACAAGCUAGGGAUGAUUAUAAUGGAGAUAUUGGCUCAUGGAUUAGGCCUUGCAUAUGACUUCUUCAGCAAGAACUUUGAAGAAAAGGAGGCUACUAUUUUUAGAAUAAGCAGAUAUCCUCCUUGUCCUCUUGCAGAGAAGAUUGUAGGCAUAGGGAUUUAUUCAGACUCCCAAUCAUUAACCAUAUUGUAUCAACACCAGGUUGGUAGCAUUCCAAGUCCUCAAGAAUGACAAACAAUGGAUUGGAGUUAGACUACUUCCUAAUUCAUUUGUCAUCAAUAUUGCUGACACCCUUGAGGUCGUUCUCUCCUCCCUUUCUCAAAGGAUCAAAAGAAGAAAUCAUAAUUAUUACUACUACAUGAUCAACUGCAAUUUUCUUGAUGUUUGGAAUGACGAAAUCAUUUUCAAGAAACUGUUUCACUAGGAAGUCACUUGAUGAUGUUAGGUUACUGGAUCAUGUUCUCCCACAAGAACACUUCCUAUCUGAAGGGAAAAUGAAAUGGCUUGCCCUCACUUAUGGAUGGAACUUGGAAUUCAUACUACUUAUGACUAUCUCAGCUCUUAAUGUCAAUAACUUCUUCCAACCAGCAUUUAGACAUUACCUAUCUUUAGUACUCAAAAGUUUCAUCAGAAAACUAUCUAACUUAUGCCAUACCAAACACAUGUUUUUUGUAUAUUGAGUAAUUAUACACCCUUAUUUUUUUUGACAAAGAAUUAUACACCCUUAUAUUUCAAGCAAGUUUGGACAAAUGGAAGGUUAAAGAGUGUUAUACACAGGGCAGUGGUGAAUAAGGAGAAGCAGAGGCUAUCAAUGGCAUAUUUCAUGAAUCCAACAAGCAGUGCAACAAUUGAAUGCCCUCCACAGCUUAUUGAUUCAGUUUCUAAUCCAAGAAAAUAUGUACCUUUUACGUGGGGUGAACUGCAGCACCUUCUUUUGACUACCAGGAGGGUUAGGGGCAAAGCUGUUGCCAUCAAUAAUUUCCUUAUUUCUAGUUGAAACUUGAAUCCUUCUUCAUUUAAAAUCUCUAGUCGUGAUUGGUAGCAAGAUCCACUAAUUUGGAUGAGACUUCAACCUUGAAUGCAAAAGUACUUCUUGAUGUUUUCUUCUUAUCCUUCGAAGAGAAUAAAUGCAAAGUGACAGAAGAAUACAUGCUCAGCUAGUUUGGUUUAAUAACAAGCUCAAGUUCCAAACUGGAACUUGGUUCGAUUAAGUAAUUUGCUUGAGCACGAUGGAGAACUUAGUUCUUAUUGAGCUCGACUCACUCAUCUCGUUCUAAAUGACCAUAACUUUUCUAAUAUAGGAAAACAUUGUUACAUGAUUAAAUAGCAUGACCAAUAGAACUUGCCUACCAGGUCAAAAAAUGCAUAAAAAAUCUAACAUAGCCAAGCCUUUGCUAACCAUAAACAAGUUAAAUAGAGCUUGUGAAAACUCGGCUCAUUCUAUAACGAGCUAAGUCCACUUGUGAAAUAAGCAUACUGAGCUCAGACUUAUAUGACAUGGUUUCAUUUGUAAACAUUACGGAUUCAGUUGCAGCUCCACCAUUAUCAUUGUUAUUAGCUCAAUGUGCAUUACACA